CGCUCGCCUCUCCCGUCGUGACGAGCGAAGCGCUCAUAAUGUUGCGCGGCGCCGAGCAGUUCGGCAUGGCAACGAUGGACCUCGCCACGCGCUACCUGAUGGCGUACCUUGCCCUGCUGACGGCGGGUUGGUCGCGCGGCACGCCACUGCGCGGUCAGCUGGUCCGGGCGGCGACGUGCGCGGACCGGCUGUCGUUCGUCGUGGCCAUCAUGCGUCUGAACGAUUCGAUCUGCACCGGCGUGCUCAUCAGCCGGCAGAACGUGCUCACGGUGAAGCACUGCUUGACCAACCAGGAGCCCAGCGCCAUCACGGUAGCGAUCGGCUCGUGCCAGCUGGACGAGGCCAAGAGCCACCGCGUGUCCACGUGGCGGAGCUUCGACCAGUGGAACAACAUCAACACAGACGACAUCAUCGAGUACGUGAACGACGUCGCCAUCAUUACGUUGGCCGAGAGAGUCAGCGACCAAAGAGUCAAGCCGGUGGUUUUGUGCUACUCCGACGUGCACAGCUUGGACAACUCGACAGUCCGACUCGCCGGAUGGGGCUUGAACAACAACGGCACCACGGCGAACACUUUGCAGACGGUCCUCGUCAAGGUCGUGUCGCUGCGCAUCUGCGUGAACAAGGCGACAGCUAUCACGGGCAUCGUAUAUCGGAUUCCCGACCACUUCUUCUGCAGCGUCGCCGACCCGUGGGCCUUGAGGCGACAGCGGCUCUCCAGUUUUGAACGAACGGAACCAAUUGGUCGCCAUCACCAGAGGAACGUGCCCGAUCCUCGUGAACCAAACGCAGGACUUCUUGAACUUACACCAGAUGAACUUGCAUAUACACCUGUUGCCUUUCAGGCUGUUCAUCGACGCGUUCAAAAUAGACGAUUGAUCAUUGUCCAAGUGAGAGAAUGACGCCGACCCGAUCAAUUUCGUAAAUGUGUACCGCUCGCCAUUGCGAAGGAUCCGGCGAUCAGAUUCGCAGCAAUAAAUGCCGCUUGACAA